AUUUUCAUUAUGGGAGAUGCUCUUGACGUCAGGCUUUUGUGCAGGUUAAUGUAGAAAGCGCUCCCAUUAUAGGACAAGGUGCAAAGCAAGUGAUGUCUCUCGCAGGGGGUUGUAUCGAACCUUGGGUCCUGUUGUUAAAGAAGGACAUAAAUAGAGCAGUAGAGAACUGGACCGUUCAGAUCUGUUUAGCUCUUCUGAUCAAAAACGAUUCUUGAUCCGACAAAAAUGAUAUCAAGAAUGUGGAUUUUAUGGACGUGCACAGUGAUAAUUUUACUGAUGAGGGAGUGUCAUUGCAUUCAGAAGAACACAGUAUCCAAGAACUGGGGACCACAGUCAAUGCUUUACUUAAAAGGAAAACAUGGAAGACGAUUUGUUCCUGACAUUGAUGACAUUAUUCCAAGUUCAGGGUUGAAAAGCUGGUACGCAGUUCUCAAAGGGUUUCAGAAACUGAAGUCGCCGAAUGCAAGAAAACAAUCAGGAUUGUUCAAAACGCAGAACUUUGUUAUUCGUUAACUGAAGUGGAAAGUUUACACAGCUAACAAGGAACAUUCUCAGAAGGUUCUUGCAAAGUUCUCUCAAAGUUAUGAACAAACAUUCUUCCAGUUGCAUUAAUAGGACAUCUGUUCAAAGUCAUCUGGUCUUUAGUAAUGUUAUCAAAACAUUUGCAUAUAAAAACAUUGUUGUUUAUACAUUGUUCAUGAAACAAUUUUCUGAAAUAUUUGAGUUGGACGUUAGUCUAUUUUUUUUUUUAAACAUUACUACCAACUAUAUACUUGUUGCAGAACAUUCAAAAAUAACAUUCCCAUAAUGUAUGCAAGCAAAAUUAUAAUAUAAGCAUGUACAUAUAGAGCAUUAUUUUAAUGUCAAGAAAAAAUUAUUUUAAAGAACUAGACAUUUUGAGAACAUUUAUAAAUAAUGUUUUCAUAACUUAAUGGGAAUGUUAGCAACACUUAGAAUGUAUUUUUGUUAGCUGGGUCUGUACAGUGUGCCAUAUUUUGUAAUGUUUAAGAUUCAGAAUAAAUCUAUUUAUGUCAAAUA